AUGGAAGAACAGAAGGAAUUAGAUUCCUCCAAACAAGAGUUAUUAGCAUGCGAAAUUCAAGAACUUGUUUUUAACACCAAAAAUGUUAAUGAUAGUGCUAGUGCUUAUCAGCCUAAUGAAAAAAAUGAUGCUCAAAUCCCUGAUGAUAGAACUGUUUAUAGUUCAGAAAAUACAACUAAUUUGCGUUAUAGUGCUACUUUGCAGUCAAUUAGAGAUAUGAUGGAUGAGCAUCCAGAUAAGAUUGUUCUCACUGAAGUUGGUUCAUUUUAUGAGAUAUAUUUUGAAAGUGCUGAAGAAUAUGCAUCAAUCUUGAAUUUGAAGUUAGCUUCUAAAACUCACUCAGUUAAAGAUAAAAUAACUGAUAAAGUUGUAAAAGUUGAAAAAGUUGCUUUAUCGGGUUUUCCUGCUUUUACAUUGAAUAAGUAUUUGGAUAUUUUAGUAAAUGAACUAAAUAAAACUGUUGUUCUAGUGAAUCAGUAUAUUACAGAUAUAAAUCUAAGUAGAAAUACAAACAUUAAGACAAUCAAUCGAAAAAUUUACAGAAUUAUAACUCCAGGAACAAUCAUUGAUGAAAGUUUGAUUAAAAAAGAUGAAAAUAAUUAUAUUUGUGCAAUAAAGCUUCCCUCAGAAACGACAUUUAAUAAAAAUGAUAUAUCCCCUACAACUAAAAUCGGUUUAGCUUGGUGUGAUAUUUCAACUUCAAAGUUUUUUUUUGAAGAAACCGAUUUUGGCAAUUUAAUUAAUGAGUUAGAAAGAAUUAAUCCAAAGGAGAUUAUAAUUAACUCAAAAAUAGAACAAUUCAAAAUUGCAUCUGGAAAAGUUUUUUUAAAUGACUUAAAUAAUUUAAAUCGUUAUAAUAUUAGUUAUUUUGAUACCCACAAACACGUUAAAGAUGUAUCGAAUUAUUAUUCAAUGUUUGAAUUAUCUUCAACUAAUGAUGAUUCAAUUGCGUUUAUUUUCAAAGAUGUUAAACAAAAUUUAAAAUACGCUUCAACAAUUUUAUUAUCUUAUAUUCGAUAUCACUUCCCAAUUGAUUAUGAAUUCAAUCUAUCAAAACCAAUUGAACAAAUUCCUGAUAAAUAUUUAUUGAUUGAUUCAAGAGCUAGGAAAUCAUUAGAAUUGAAAGAAACUUAUAGAGAUCAAAAAGUUUUGGGUUCAUUAUUUUUUACAAUUAGAAAAACCAUAACACCAUCAGGCUCAAGAUUGCUAAGUGAUUGGAUUAGUUCUCCUUUAUGUAAUAAAAAAAUGAUUAAAAAAAGACUAAAUUUAGUAGAAUGUUUUUAUAAAAGAAAUCUUUUAUUGGAUUCAAUAUUGCCAAUUUUACGAAAAUAUGGCAGAACUGAUAUCUCAAGAAUUUUGGUUAAUUUAACUUUUUUUAGCAACGGAUUGGAUGGGAAAGUUUUAAAGAGUUUAAUUGAUGAUAUUCAGAUUCCUGAAAAUUUAGUUGAAUUAAUUGAAGAAAUUAUUGAUGUUGACAGUUUGAUAAAAACAAAGCAAAUAGAAGAAAAAAAUCAAAACGAUAGUUUUAUUGAAGAAACUGAUAAUUAUAUUGAAAAUGAAAAUGAAAGUGAAAACAAGAUUCAAAAUGAUAUUGAAACUGAAAAUGAAUAUUCAAAUCUGCAAACUGGUUUAGAGGCAAAAUUGGGUAAAAAUGAUAAUGGCGAUCAAUUUUCAAAUUUAUUAUGGAUAAUUAAACCUAAUUUCAAAAAUGAGAAAUUAUCAAAGUUGUCUGAAUUACAUGAAAAAUUGAAAUUGAUGUUAAAUAAAAAGGAUGAAUUGUUUUUUAAAUAUUCAAAUUUAAAGCAUAAUUAUGAAAACAUUAAAAAAAUUGAAAUAAAAAUUGAGGAAGAUUUACCAAUUGUUUUAAUGGUAUUUAAAAAUCGAAAGAUCUCAACUAGUUCUUUAGAAUUUGAAUUAACUAAAAAGGAAUUUAAAAUGGAACACUUGGUUAAGGAUUUUAAGUUAACUAAAUGGUUCACUACUGAAGAAUGGUCAAAUAUUGGAAUCAAAAUUAUCAAAAUAGUCAAAGAUAUUAAAAUGGAAGAAAAGUUAAUAUUAUUAGAAAUUCGGAAAGAGGUUUUAUUAAAAAGCGAAGAUCUUAAAAGAUGCAGUUAUAUAAUCGAUGAAAUUGACAUACUAAUUUCUUUUGCUAGAUUAGCAAAAGAAUUUGGGCUAAUCAAGCCUGAAAUCGUGAAUGAAAAUGUUUUUGAUAUUAGGAGAGGAAGACAUAUAUCAGUUGAGGCCUCUUUACAAAAAAAGUCGAUUGAAUUUAUCUCAAAUGACUGUUUUUUAGAUACAAAACUGGGCAGUUUAGGAUAUAUAAUCUCUGGACCAAACAUGGGUGGUAAAAGCACAUAUUUAAGACAGAUUGCUAUCAUCUGUAUUAUGGCACAAAUAGGUUCUUUUGUUUCAGCAGAUUACGCUAAGAUUGGACUAGUAGAUAAAAUAUUUACUCGAAUUGGAUCAGCAGAUGAUAUUUCUAACAACCAAAGCACAUUUAUGGUUGAAAUGAGAGAAACAAGUCUUAGUUUGAAUUAUUCAACUCCUAGAUCACUAAUUAUUUUAGAUGAGAUUGGCAGAGGCACUACAACCAAUGAAGGCAUUUCCAUUGCUUAUGGAAUAUUGAAAUACUUGGUCAAUAUCAAGAAAUGUCGUUUUUUGUUUGCAUCACAUUUCGUGAACGAAAUUGAUUAUUUGAUUAAAAAAGAUCUCAACAACAAAGAAAGAAUACAGGAAAGUUUGGAAUUUAAACACACUAAUUAUGUUCAAAAUGACAAUGGAAAGGGAUAUUACGAUCGAGAAUUGAAAGAUGGUAUUUGCAAAUAUUCCUAUGCAGAUACAGUUGCUCAAGAUGCUGGAAUGCCUGAGUAUGUUAUUGAGAUAUCCAAAGAAGCUUAUAAGACCCUUGAGUCUCAGCGAGCUGAUCAAAUAACUUAG